AUCUGUGAGCUGUUUGAGGAGGGCUCAGUGUUACAGACCUGUCCACUGAGGAGAGACAGAGGAGAGAAGAACAAGAGAAGGGGAGGAGAGAGGAGCAACACAUAACAGCAGGAACAGAAGACAUACCUGAGAGAAAAAAAGAGAGAGAGAAACAGUCGCCACCUGAAAUUAGGAAUUAGUAUAUUUUUGAAAAAAGAAUUCUGAGCUGAAAAGUAAAGAAGGCUGCACAGACAAAAGAAAUCAAUUCUCCAGAGAGAGAUUUUAAAGUAAACUCUGAUCUGUCUGUGUGGAGGGACUGUCUCCAGUAUGUUCCCCCUGCUCUUGUUGUGUAUGUGUGGCCUUCUGCUGCGAGGUGAUGCACAGGACCGAGCUUCUCUGUGGAAGGGAAACGACAGAAGUGGGCGAUGUCAGUACACCUUCACUGUGCCCAGCCCCGCGGAGUCCAGCUGCCCGCAGACCGGAGGGCCCGAGAUGGAGGGUCUGAAGGCCAGGCUCGGCCUGCUGGAGGUGCUGGUGUCCCAGCUGACUGCAGGGGAUGCAGGGGGUCCCCAGGCGGCUGGAGCCAGAGCUCAGUCUGAGCUUCAGGAGGCGCUGAACCGGGCCGUUGGGGAGAGGAACCUGCUGCAGGGGGAGAAGGAGCGCCUGGAGAGGGAGUUGGGGGGACUUCAGCGCAGGGUGGAGGAGAUGAGGAGGGAGACGGAGAAGCUGAGGAACAGACCCUGUCCUCCGCAGACCCCCAUGGUGCCACCCAGCCCCUCUCUGCAGAACAGUGGCCUGAUGAGACCUGCUGGAGGAUCCAGUCAGAUGUCUCACCUGAUGACCAGGCCCAACAGACAGGGAGACAGCAGCAGUUUGAGAGACUCAGCAUGGCAGUACGGACCUCCAGGUUUCCAGGAGCUGAAGGCCGAGGUGACAGAGGUACCUGCUCCUGACGGCUCUGACGACAACACAGGUUGUGGCGAGUUAGUUUCAGUCGGUGAGCCAGUCACUCACAGGAGAGCUGACAACAUAGCAGGUAAAUAUGGUGUUUGGAUGCAGGACCCUGAGGCGGUCUCCCCUUAUGGACCAAACAUGGUCUGGCGCAUCGACACCAUUGGCACUGAAGUCAGGCAGCUGUUUGGAUAUGAGGACAUGGAACAACUCUCUAAAGGCUUUCCAUCCAAGGUCCUGCUGUUGCCAGAGCUGGUGGAGAGCACUGGUGCCACAGUGUACCGCGGUUCUCUCUACUAUCAGAGACGUCGUAGCCGCACACUCAUCCGCUACGACCUAGCCUCUGAGAGCAUCGCUGCGCGCCGUGACCUCCCUCAUGCUGGCUUCCAUGGCCAGUAUCCCUACUCUUGGGGAGGCUACACGGACAUCGACCUGUCUGUGGAUGAGCAGGGGCUGUGGGCCGUCUACUCAACCAGUAAAGCAAAAGGAGCCAUUGUGAUCUCGCAGCUGGACCCAAACACUCUGGAGGUGAAGAGGAGCUGGGAGACCAACAUCAGGAAGAGCUCUGUGGCCAACUCCUUCAUCAUCUGUGGCAAGCUGUACACCGUGGCCAGCUACACGGCUCAUGACACCAUCAUCAACUACAUGUAUGACACCGCAACCAGCCAGGGGAAGUCCAUAGCCAUCCCCUUCAGGAACAAGUACUUCUACAACUGCAUGAUCGACUAUAACCUGGCUCAGAGGAAGCUGUUUGCCUGGGACAACUUCCACAUAGUGUCCUACGAUCUAAGGCUGGGUCGCAAGCAAGCCAACUGAGGGCAACAGGAGUGACAGUUUAAAAGUGACAUUUACUCACCUGUUCCUGCGUCAGAGACUCAGAGCUUUAGAGACGCAUAUGUGUGGUAGCAGUGGUUAGAAAGCUAAGACCAUCAGUAUCCAUGUAUAGAAGAGCCUAACUACCCAACUCCAAAGUGAAAUGAAGAUGGUUGAGGAACAGUGCCCCCUGCAGGUCUGCUAUUUUUCUCAGUGGGAGGGCUUUUGCCGUGGCAUGGUCCACAAGUAUGUUUUUAGAGGAAUUAUUUUUGUACCGCCUUUAAUUCAGAUGUAUGAUUUUCUUGUUUUAUGUUAAGCUAUAUACAGUGUAUUUGAUGUCUAAAAGAUGAGGCAUAGUUCAAUAUCUCGAGCUCAGUGGGAUAAUCAAUACAAUCUACAGCAACUCUUGUGGUACUACACACCAUACUGUGCUCUCUCACUCAGCAUGUAUUGGAUAUUGCAUGUACUUGUACAUUGUAGUCAACAUUGGUAAUGUUCAAAACCAUUAAAUAAACUUCUUCCAAAAUUAAA